UAAUACUUAUUAAUAAACAUUUACGAAACGAACCUAAGACAAUUGGGCAACGAAAAAUGUGCAACUGAAAUUUAUCCAAAAUGUUUGAGUUUCUUUUAACUUUGACUCUUUUUAAUUGUACUUUGUGUUUGUUGCCGCUUUUAGUAAUAAGUUUUCUAGUAUUGAGAUUUAGCAGAUCGAUAUGGUUGUCAUGCAUUUCAUUCCUGCAUCCAGAGGUCGAAUUUGUAAAGUACGUUACUGUAAGAACUCUUCUCGAUACCCACCGAAACCAGGGUAUAAUCAGUGUGUUACUUUGCGUCAGAGGCCCCUCUCAACCUGAAGCAGUAAGACGACAUUUACAGGAAGUUGUGAAAAGAAGAGACAAAAACGGUAAUCUCGCUUUCCCAAGACUCAGACAUUGCCUCGUCACAAGAUGUGGUAACUACGCUUGGGCAAAAGGAAAAUUCGACUUGGAUCAAAAUCUUACAGUUGCACCUUUCACUUACAAAGGAAGAACUGUAACAGAAUACAAUAUACAAGAGUACGUAAGUGAGAUAGUGUCAAAAUAUUUACCAUCAGGAAUACCUCCUUGGCAAAUCAUCAUAAUACCAUCUUCUGAAGAUAAUCAUUACAUUUUGUUUAAAGUGCACCAUGUUCUUUUAAGCGAAGGCUUGAACAUUGGUGACUUACUCCCUCUUAUCCCACCCACAAGACAAUCCACAGGACACUUUUCUUCCAAAAGUCCUUUGGUGGAAGUGAUCAAAAAACCAACAGUAAUUCCAGAGUUAAAAGAACGAUUAUCCGAAGAAUUGUCAAACAGUUGGAAUGAAUUCGUUUCCAAUUACGAUCCUUUGGAACGACCAGAACUUCUCAAAAACACUCCGACGGUUUACCAGUUUUUGUGUAUAACUGUAAUAACAUUCGUAUCAAUGGUCAAGGAAUGUCGAAAAGGAUUUAGAGUUAUCAAAGAUGACUUAUACUCAAGGACGAAGUAUAUACUUAAAACAGCCAACAAAGAAACCCAAAAGAGACAAGUUACAAUUUUUAACUUCUUGUUGUCAAUUUUAUCAUCAAUGGAUCCAAGAAAUGUAAUCAAUAACAUAUUAACAACUAUUUGGUACACUUGCUUUUAUUUGCCAGUGAGAAUUCCAAUAGUUAUAUAUGCAGAAAUUCUCGCCCUAUACACUUGUCUAACAUUAGAAUACUGUCCAUAUCCGUACACGUUCGUCGGGUUUCUCUACACCUAUAUUCCUCUAUUCUACAACUCCUUGAAGGAAAUCUUCUACAUCGUUUCAAUUUUAUUCUCCGCGCCGAAAACUGUCAUUCAAGACAUACUAAUGCAAAAAGAGUCAUUCCAAACAAUCACACUAUGUGGAAGGAAAUCGGUCGCCUGGUCCGACCCGGUAAAAAUCGACUACAUCAGAUCAAUUUCAAAAUCCACCGGAGUGUCUGAAACUGAAAUAAUGCUCUCGGCCAUUUCUACAUCGAUUUCUAAAUACAUGACUCAAACUAAUCACGUGGUGCCUGAUGAAUUGCCGGUUACAAUCAGAAACAUCAACUCCAAUUAUGUAUUCGCAACCGGACCCAAUGUCAGGCCCGAAGACGCGAUGAGUGGCAUUCUCUGUUUGAACUUGCCCAUUUUAGAUCAGGAAAAAGACACCACUCAACUGGAAAACCUGAUUGAAGUCAGGAACAAUUUCCAAAACUCUCUGGAGAAACAAGGACUGUCGCAUUUGCUUACGGUACUCCAGACCAAGUUCGGAGUGCUGACUAAAUUUCUUCCAUCGUUUGCCGUCAGCAUUUAUAUCAAAUAUUUAUCCAGAAAGUAUGCUAUAACUGUUACGGAAUUGACUAGCAGAUAUCCGAAUGUUACGCAGAGAACUCUUUGGGGGCAAGAAGUCAGCAGUGUUAUUUAUUGGAGGCCACCACAAGGAAACACCAGUAUAUCUUUGUGUAUAAACGAAUACGCUGAUCAUGUAAAAUUGGGAGUGAUGUGCGAUGCGCAACUUUCACCACAACAUGCACUUCUAUCUAGGAACUUCCCGGAUUACAUUCAGGAUAUUGCCAGAGCUUCGAAUGUAAAUAAUUAAAUAUUGUAUUUGUUAGUGAUUCCAGUAACAAACUAUUUAUUUACCUAACGACUGAUGAAAGGCUAGAAAUUGUUAAAAAUAUAGUUUAUAAGUUUAUUGUUAUUGCAAGUCAAUCUUGGAUCGUGAAUUGUUAAUAAAUAUAUUGUUCUCA